AGCCGCGGAAGCGCCUAACAGCCCCGGUCUUCUUACAUGCUGGCACUCCUUUGCUCGUCGGCGGCGUACAACGUCGCCGUUACCGGCGCAACCGGCCGGACCGGCCGGCUGGUUGUCGAUAGCCUGCUAAAGAGCGGGCACUCCGUCACGGCGCUGGUUCGCGACGGCGACAAGGCGGCUUCGGUGCUUCCGGCGGCGGUUGCGUGCCGCGAGCUGGACCUGGCGACGGCCGGUGCGGAGGAGAUGCGGACGGCAUGUGCUGGCGCGGACAAGCUGAUCUGGUGCGCCACCGGCUUCACCGACGCCGGCGAGCUCAUCGACGUGCGCGGCAUGAAGGAGCUCGUGCCAGGUGCGAUCGCUGCGACAGGCGAGACGCCGGCGGUUGUGAUGCUCUCUUCCGCGGGCGUGACGCGUCCGGCGUGGGACGACGCCAAGAAGGCGCGGCUCAUCGGCUGCUCCGACAUCCCCAUCAUCCGCCUGAACCCGGGCGGCAUCCUCGGCAAGAAGUGCGAGGCGGAGCAGGCGCUGCGCGAGAGCGGCGUGCCCUACUGCGUGGUGCGGCCGACCGGCCUCAAGUUUGAAGGCUGGCCGCAAGGCCGGCCCUUCCUCUCGCAGGGCGAUGUCGCCGUCGGCCGCUACCAGCUGCAGGCACGGAACACGCCGCGGUGCAAUGCCGUCGACUUGGCAGAGACGCUUGUCGGCGUGCUCGGUGAGGCGGCGGCGGCGGGCAAGACGUUCGAGCUAUUCACGCUGGCGGGGCACGGGCGGCUGCAGGCCACUCGACCGUCGGAAGAAGGAGCUCGCGGAGUCAAGACUGCCCUGCAUCCUCUAGGGGGCGUGCCAUGCCAGGCGGCGGUCGACGCGGCGUACGACCUGCUGCAGCAGUGCCUUCCGGGCGAGGAGCAGGACGCGACCAAGCUCGAGAUGGGGCGCACGUACGAGCAGGUCGACAGCGGGGAGGUGCGCCGCGAGAGCGGCGCGCCGCCCACCGAGCGCGAGCUCUCCGUGGCGGGCGGCGCGCUGGAGGGGAUGGGCGCGCGCGGCUCCGGCGGCAAGCGAGGCCUGCUGAAGCGGCUCUUCCGCAUCGGCGCGUCGUCGUGA